AGAAACCAAAAGAAAUCAGCAUUCCCGCCCCUCCGGCUGCUCAGUAGGUCGGCUUCGUUCAGCUUGUGCAUCAUGGCCAAGAGUCUUUUGAUAUUGUUUUUCACCCUGUUGCUUCUGAACGUUUGCUGGCCAUCCGAAACACACAAGACUUUUCUGAAUAGUUUGAAAGCCCAUGACGUUUACUUUUAUUUCGGGACAAAUUCAAGGCUCAGAGUGCCAGAAUUUGAGGUCGUGCCUCUGACUUGCUCCUGCGAAGACGGACCAACGUCUUGUACAGCCCAGCGUUGUUCUUUCCAAGCUUCAGGAGAUCACUUUGCCUUUGAGUUCUCUCCAGAGCAGGCCCUUUUCCCCCCAUUUUUCGUGAGCACCCGAAGGUUAAACUCUUCCGCCAGUUUGCUACGGCGUUCAAGGCAUAAUUGCUUUGCUGGAGGGAAGCCUCUCACACCCCUGGGGGCAAAAGGCCGUGUCACAUAUUGUGAAGGAGAACUGCAAGGCUCGAUCAGCGUUCGUGGCAAGAAGGUUCACAUCACACCGGUGAGAAAGCAACACCAACGCCACCUGGAGCGACCCCUUCUCUCCAGGCCCCACAUCGUCUUCAGCAGUCUGUGGGACGAUUCAUCGUCAGCGCAGACCAAGGGAAGAGUUUCAUCCCGGAUUCGCAGAGGGGUUGAGGAGAAGGUGAAACAUCUGGAGCUCUUAGUGGUGGUGGGGCCAGAUGUUUACCAGUUCCACAAAGAAGAGACUGAGAGGUACAUCCUCACCAACCUCAAUAUUGGAGCAGAGCUUCUCCGAGAUCCCUCACUGGGUAUUCAAUUCAGGGUUCAUCUGAUCAAAAUGAUUAUCCUCGCAGAAUCUGAGGAAAACAUCCAGAUCUCCACCAACAUCACAAGCUCAAUCCUGAGCGUUUGCAAAUGGAGCCUGGAGAUCAACCCAGAGAAUGACCUGGAACCUUACCACGCUGACCUUGUUCUUUACAUCACCAAAUUCGAUCUGGAACUCCCGGAUGGAAAUAAGCAGGUGCGUGGCGUCACCUCGAAAGGUGGGGCCUGUUCAAGGUUUUGGAGCUGCGUCAUUGCCGAAGACACGGGCUUCGGUUUGGGCAUCACCAUUGCGCACGAGAUCGCCCACAGCUUUGGGAUUGACCACGAUGGAGAAGGGAACCGCUGCGUGGCAGACCGACACGUUAUGGGCUCCGAAGGGGGACACAACAGCGUGGACCUGACAUGGUCGGUCUGUAGCAGAGAACAGCUGCAGGAAUUUGUCAGUACAGGCCAAGCAAGCUGCACAGAUGAUUUGCCUGUGUUAAAGACCAGUCUGCCGGAAGCAAAGCCUGGCCUGUAUUUUGGGGCAGACGAGCAGUGCAAAAUCGCCUUCGGUUCGGGGGCUUUGGCCUGCACUUUCAGCUAUGACNNGGACAUGUGUCAAGUUCUCUCUUGCCACACCAAUUCGGCCAACCCGUCCUCCUGCUCUCGGCUCCACGUCCCGCUUCUGGAUGGAACCGAAUGCGGGAUCAACAGGUGGUGUUUCAAAGGACGCUGCAGCUCCCUAGAAGAUCUGUCUCCGGUUAGCAUGGUGCAUGGGCAGUGGUCCUCCUGGGGAUCCUUCACUCCCUGUUCCAGGAGCUGUGGAGGAGGGGUCACGUCAAGACAACGACAGUGCAACAACCCCCGACCUGCUUUUGGAGGGCAACCAUGCCAGGGAGAAACCUUGCAAGCCGAGAUGUGUAACGUGCAGCCCUGCUUGAAGACCCAGAUGGACUUCAUGGAGGAGCAAUGUUCAGCCACCAACCUGAAGCCGCUCUACCUUCACCGGCAGUUGCCUUCCUUCUACAAGUGGGUUUCAGCAGCUGGCUACGCCAAAGGAGAUGCUCUGUGCCAAUAUAUGUGCCAGGCAGCUGGGAGGAACUUCAUGGUGAGCCGUGGCGACCGAUUCAUCGAUGGGACUAGGUGCAGGAAAAACAGCCUGGCAGACAAGGAUGCCCGUGCUUCGUGUGUGAUGGGCCGCUGCAGGGCGUUUGGGUGCGAUGGCCGGAUGGACUCCGGAAAGAAGAUGGACGCUUGCCAGAUAUGCGGAGGAGACGGCACAUCAUGCGUCAACGUGAAGGGCUCUUUUACGGAGGGAAAAGCCAGAGAGUACACAACCUUCCUGACGCUGUCUCCUAACACAACCUCAGUCCACGUGGUCAACCGGAAGCCCCUCUUCACCCACUUGGCUGUGAAAAUUCAAGGACAAUACACCGUCGCUGGGAAAGGCCUCGUUUCUUUAAACGUCACCUACCCUGCGAUCUUGGAAGACAAUCGGUUGGAGUACAAGGUCUUCCUCACAGGAGAUAAUCUCCCCAGUUUGGAGGAGAUUCACCUGGCCGGACGAGUCCAGGAAGAGACGGAGAUACAGGUUUACAGGAAGUACGGGAAGGAAUAUGGAAGUGCCACCAGCCCUGAUAUCACCUUCAGCUACUUUAGGCCGGGUGAAAAAGAGAGCCACACCUGGACGGCCCAGCUCAGCCAAUGCUCAGUCACCUGCGGGACAGGCACGCUGCAAGUCCGUUACUCCUGCUUUGAUCAGGCAAGAGGCGAGAAGGUGGAGGACUUUUAUUGCCUCAAGAGGCCAAAGCCGCCUUCUAGGCAAGAAACGUGCGCGGUGAAACUCUGCCAACCGCGCUGGAAGAAAUCACAGCUGUCCAGAUGCUCUGCCGUUUGUGGCUUGGGGGUGGCCACGUGGCACGUGACCUGUGUCCAGGCCAUUGACGGGCUGGAAUCCACCGUGGAUGAGAGGUUGUGCCCAGCCGGCCAGAAACCUCCGGCCUUCGUGCCUUGCACUGUGGACGUCUGCCCAUUGGGAUGGAACACGGAAUCGAAGUCCGGGGCUCCGGAAGAGCGAGACCGGAGUGGAAACCAGUCUGUGUACGUCUGGAGCCCCUUGGCUGGGAAGUGUCCCGUCUCCUGCGGAGGAGGGCGGAUGUUGCUGAGUUACGUCUGCUUGGCUUUUGACACUAAAGAGGAAACAGAGGAGAGGCUCUGUAACCUGACGCAGAAACCAGCGAGCCGUCUCGAAAUUUGCAACCCUGAGCCAUGCCCACCAAGGUGGUUUUACAAGCAAGGGGCGUGCAGCGUUACCUGCGGCGAAGGGGUCAUGCGCAAAAUCUUAUACUGUGCGCGAGGGGCUGAGGAGGAGGAAGAGGAGGAGAUCCUGCCCGACGCAGCCUGCGAAGACUCGUCGCGUCCCCAAGAACAGGAAACCUGCCACCUGGAGCCUUGCCCAGCCAGCUGGAAGGUGGCUGAGCGAGGGCCUUGCUCCUCUUCGUGUGGGCUUGGCGUCUCCACCCAAUCCGUGUCCUGCGUGAGGCUUUCGGGAGGCUUUCGGGAGGUGGAGGUGGCCGAGGGCCAGUGCUCCGAAGCGGAGAAGCCCCUCUUGGUCGUGCCCUGCAUUCUCCGCGUCUGCCCUUACGAAUGGGGGUUCACCCAGUGGACGAAGUGCUCUGUCUCCUGUGGAACCGGCAUCCAGAGACGGCAGGAUUUCUGCGUCAACCCCCAAACCAAGACCCGGGUCAGCCCUCUCUUGUGCAUGCAUGUUCCUAAACCCAUGAUGGUGAGAACAUGUUCCCCCACCUCCUGCCUCGAACAGGCCACGAUGAAGUCAGAUCUGCAACCAGGUGUCCCUACAACAACCCAGCCUUCAACGGCAGGGCUCCUGACUCCUCCUCCUGAGGUCGCUCUUCCUCUCAAAGGAUGGCAGGACCAGGCCUUCGAUCGUCUGUGGUCCAAAGGAGAAGAUCCUCAGAAGGAAGAAACCAAGGGAGAUAUCGUGGAGGAACCCAGUAUCUGUGGAAGGCAGUGGCUGAAUCCCAGCGGAUUAAUCAACAUGACGGGGGUGCAAGCCAGGAUUUGCACGGUGGCCAUAGGCCGGCCUUUAGGGGAGACGAUCGGAGUCCAGGUGUUGCACAGUUCCCUGAACUGCAGCGCAGGGGAGAUAUUGCUCUUUUCAACACGGACGAUGUGGCGGAUGGCUUGCAAGAAACUGAAACUGCUGAUGGUGAACACCCGGACCAACACCCUGAUUGUGAGGCAGCGCCGGCUGUUGCCGGGCAGUGGCGUUGUGCUACGCUACACCAGCGGAUUGGCUGAGAGGAGGCACCAUCAAGCCUGCGACAGGCAGCUGUUUGGUCCCCGGGGGCUGAUCCUGAACCCAGGACUGUCGCCGGAUGGGGAACGGCAGAUGGCUUGCAGGAUAUUUAUCGACGUGGCGCCCCACCUGCGCAUCGCCGUACACGCGGUGUACGUGGCAUUCCAAACAACGGCCAACGAAACACACUCCAGCUACAUUUCGAUUCGAGAUGUCCAGUCCUUGAGGACUACCGUCUUCCAUGGGAACCGUCUUUUCUACUGGGAAUCCACCGGCAGCCGAGCUGAGAUCGAGUUCAACCAAGCCCUGGCCAACGCCAGCUUCCGAGCAGAGUACUGGGCCACCAAGUAGCCCUCUUGGGAGAUUGGCCGAAGUGGAAAGUGCCGCCAAGGGAGGGGAUUGCAGAAUUGUCGGAAGGGACCCGGGAGGCCCUCUAGUCAAACCCCACCCCUGCUCCAAUCGGACAGGAGGCUGCUGAGCUCUCUCUCCUCAAAAAUCAUGGACGCUUAUGCCUUCCCAGACAUCUCUUAUGCCUCUGUUUUUGCAAACAAUCAUUGAUUGUCUUCUCGUUGGUGCUUCUGUCAAGCUACCCAAAGCUGGGUUGGGUCGGUCAAAACUUCUGCCUUUUAAUAAAACGUGUUAGUUGCAAGGGAGGGAGGGA